AUGAUUAAAAGCUCUUUAGAAGCAAACGUUUACUUGCGUGUCAUCGACGAGGAUUCGGUGUUGAACAAGUUACUGAGAAAUCAAGAAUUCGAUCUGCCGUCAUUUUUCAUCACAUCCUAUGCAAAAUUAUUAAAUAGUUCACAACACUCGGAUAUGGUCAAUUCCAAUAAUUCGCAGGAAAAUCGUCAAUAUCAAAAAAGAAUUAAAAUAGCUAACGACACUGAAUGUGAUGUUUUAGUAAAGAAAGCAACAUUGAACAAAUGUCCUCGAUGUUGGAAUUACCUAGCAAUCAAUGUAAAUGAACUUUGUAAAAGAUGCGAUGAUGUUUUAAUGAAAUAG